GGAAAAGUAUAAAAGAGCUGGGAUUUUGAUAAGGAAAUCAAUCGCUUAAAAGCACUAGUUGCUGAUCGAUGUCUAAGUUAAGAUAGUUGUAGGUGAAAGAACACUGAACAGACAAAAUGGGAGUUGAUAAUAAAACAACGCUCUUGCAGUCAACAGAUAUGUUUGCUACGCAUAUCUUAAAGGAAGCCGCAUCUUCCGCCAAAUAUGCUGGUAAAAUAGAUCCACAGAAACGGUAUGAUGUCCUGUACGGAAACAUUAACCGACUUCCUACCAGGGUCCGAUAUUUCGUUGAGGAAAAUGCGAAGGUAUGCCAGCCAGACACUGUUCACAUUUGUGAUGGGUCUGAGAAGGAAAGAGAACUCUUGUAUUACAUUUUGCAGAGGGAUGGGACCAUUAAACCUUUACCUAAAUAUGAAAACUGUUGGUUAGCAAACACAGAUCCAGCUGAUGUUGCCCGGGUUGAAAGUCGUACAUUUAUCUCUACACAUGAAAAAUAUGACACCGUCCCACAUACGAAAGAAGGCGUUAAAGGAACUUUAGCUAACUGGAUGUCACCUGAAGAUAUGGAGACUGCCCUUGACUCGAGAUUCCCAGGCUGCAUGAAAGGUCGCACCAUGUACGUGAUACCAUUCAGUAUGGGCCCAGUUGGCUCCCCAUUGUCUAAGAUCGGUAUUCAGCUGACCGACUCGGCCUACGUUGUUGCCAGUAUGGGGGUAAUGACACGCAUGGGUUCAAAUGUUUUAGACACUCUAAAGGACGGAGAAUUCAUCAAAUGUUUACAUUCCGUUGGCCGACCAAUAACCACAGCAAGCAGUGCUGAAGUGGUUAGGAAUGCUUGGCCGUGUAAUCCAAAGGAAACUAUUGUUGCUCACUUGCCUGAAAGAAACGAGAUUUGCUCAUUUGGAAGCGGUUACGGUGGUAACUCUCUGCUCGGAAAGAAAUGUUUUGCUCUCAGGAUCGGCUCCAUUCUUGCCAGAAGAGAGGGAUGGUUUGCUGAACAUAUGCUGAUUAUGGGUAUUGAAAAUCCAAAGGGAGAGAAGAAAUAUUUUGCGGCAGCAUUUCCGAGUGCGUGUGGGAAAACAAACUUAGCCAUGAUGGAGCCCACGUUACCAGGAUAUAAAGUAACAUGUGUUGGGGACGAUAUUGCAUGGAUGAGAUUUGAUAAAAAUGGUCAGCUACGUGCCAUCAACCCAGAGGCAGGAUUCUUUGGUGUUGCACCAGGUACGUCAAUGAAGACGAAUCCAAAUGCCAUGAGAACAAUCGAGAAAAACACAAUAUUCACAAAUGUGGCAAGUACGAGCGAUGGUGGCGUGUAUUGGGAAGGCAUGGAGUCGGAUCUCCCUGAUAACGUGUCGAUCACUUCAUGGCUUGGAGUCCAUGACUGGCAUAAAAAAAUGGGAAAACCCGCGGCACAUCCUAAUUCGAGAUUUUGUACACCAGCUAGUCAGUGCCCAAUUAUCGAUGAUCAGUGGGAGAGUCCUGAAGGAGUGCCAAUUGAAGGUAUCAUAUUUGGUGGGCGGAGACCAGAGGGCGUGCCACUUGUCUAUGAGGCAUUUGAUUGGCAACAUGGUGUAUUUCUCGGAGCUGCAUUGAAAUCAGAGGCAACUGCUGCUGCAGAGCACACAGGCAAAGUUGUGAUGCAUGAUCCAUUUGCCAUGCGGCCAUUCUUCGGCUAUAAUUUUGGACACUAUCUUGAUCACUGGUUGAGUUUCCAGGAAAAUCCCAAGUGUAAAUUACCAAAGGUCUUUCAUGUAAAUUGGUUCAGGAAGGGCACAAAUGGAUUUUUGUGGCCAGGGUUCGGAGACAAUUCUCGCGUCUUGGACUGGAUGUUUCGACGUGUAAAAGGGGAAGACUGUGCCGUUAAAUCUGCUGUUGGUUACAUUCCAAAACCCGGCUCAAUAGACUUGUCAGGUUUGAAGGAGGAAGUAGAUAUGGAUGAACUUUUCAAUUUGCCCAAGGCUUUCUGGCAAAUGGAAGUGAAAGAACUUGAAAAAUAUUUUGAAGAUCAGGUUGGUGAAGAUCUGCCCGUGAAAAUUCAACAAGAAUUGAAGAAGUUAGAGCAGAGAAUUAAUACAGAAUUAUAGUUGAAACUCGACAACAACGGACAUGGUGAUAAAUGUUCUCGAACAGUUAAAAAGUAAUGACCAAUAUGUUUUUUUGAACAGCUAUUGCAAUAUUUUUUGUGUUCUCAUAACAUUCAACUUCCAUCAGAAUCGAACGUUUGUAUGAAUUUCAUUGGUUGCAUUUUUAAUCGGUUAAUCAUUUUAGUCAGACGUUUAUGUUUCAUUUUAUUAUGUCAAAAAGGUUGUGUUAUAUUUUUAUUCUCAUUUUUUCUUAAUUUCAUCUGGAGCUGUAAAUACUUAUAUUUCUUUAUCAUUCCUUGCUAAGCUUUAAAUAUCUUUUGUUUUUAUUUUAUGAGAUUUAUAAAUUUAAAGACAUUUUUAGACUUUACGAGUUAAAUUCACAUAGUGAUUUAAUGAUUCAUUGUUGCAUUUUCAAAAUGCAUACUAGUCCAAAUAUGCAGUGACAAUUUUUAAUUGAAAUAUUUUUAUUAUGGGGGAUAAGGAUAGUGGAAGAUUUAGUAAAAUUUCUGUAAAUAAAAAUUAAUAAUAAUAUAUAUUUUUAGCUAGGUAUAUAAUUAUAGUAGUUUACUCAUCAUGUUUUAUUUCAAGUUGCCUUAAGAAAAUUGAUGGUUGCCAUUCACAUUGCCGUAUCUGCGGAUUUUAAAUUCUUAAGUUACUACAUUUCUUUAUUAAUAGGGAAAGAUUUUUCUUCCCCUGAAAUGACUUCGGUAAUUUCUGAACAUUUAUUUCACUCGGAAAUGUUUGCUAAUUUUAGGUUAAGAAUUGACCUUGUUGUUUAAAGUUUAUGUCAGAUGUAAAGCAUAUGGUGUUUUAGUUUUGAUAUUGGUGAUUGACUUGUGUUAAGCGUUCACUAUGUUGCUGGUCAGUAAUUGUGAAUGGUGGUGUCAAUAUAAAAAUAAAUGUUUAUACUUACCAUGUUUCCCUCACCUGUCACCAUGUAUAUGUAUAUAUAUUUAUAUGUAUAUUAUUGACACGUGUUCCAUGUGACUAAUCUGUGAUAUAGAUGAUGUUUGCAAUCAUAUUAAAGGUUGGUAGUAAUAAAUUGUACAUUAAAAUGAUAUAUGGAAUAUUACGGGAGUGUCGAGGUUCGGAAUAAAAGUGAAAAAUCGAUAAACUCUAUUUUUAUCAAAAGAUUGAAAAAUACAUAAUUAGACAUUUGACAUUAAAUGCCCUUCAGCUGUGAUGACUCUGAAAUUAUAUUUUCAUUUAAAUGAAUUAUUCAUAUUAUUUAAAUGAAUUAUUCAUAUCAUUUAUUAAAGAAUUAUUCAUAUUAUUUACUCUCAAAUUAUAUUUUCUUUUAAAUGAAUUAUUCAUAUUAUUCAAAUGCAUUUUCGUAUCAUUUAUUAAAGAAUUAUUCAUAUUGUUUAAAUGAAUUAUUCAUGUCAUAUACUAGCUUUUAUUUGAUCACCAGUAUUACUUUUCAUACUUUAUGUUUCUUUUGUACUAUAAAUAAUUUGGUUUUAAAUCAUAUUCUUAAACUUUCUGAUUCACCUUUCAUUAUGCAUUAACGUGUCAUUCUUGUAACUUUUGAUGUAAAAAAAUAUAAUCUGGGAAUUAUAGAAUACUAUUUUUGUAUUGAAUAUUUUGGGAAAGAAAUUUGUAACUGUAACUUUUAGUAUUUUUAUUCUGUAUUUAUCUGUAUCAGAUAAUGAAAGUACAUUUUGUAAUGAUAUUUAUCCAUUUUGAAUGUUGGUCAUAAUAUCAUGUAUUGUUGUUAUUUUAUUCAUUCAUUCUUUUAUGAUCUCAAUUUAUGUUAUAUAUAACAUGAUAAUGUUAUAACAUGAUAAUGUACAUUGUAGAUCAAUAUUUUUGUUCUUGUGUCGUUCUGUUUUUAUAUUGCAAUACAAGACUUUAUGAUUUUUUUUAGAUCUUUAUAACAUUAUAUGUUUUAAGGAUUUUACAAAAAUCUGCAACUUUUUUAAAGAAUAUCUUGUGUAAUAAUGUUUCUAUAUUGGACGCUUAUGUUCAGAUUGUUAUCUGAAUUAAUGGGAGAAAAAUAAAAAAAAUGUAAUUUA